AUGAAUGGUACUUAUUAUAACAUUACACCCUACGUGAAUCUUUUAAGCUAUAACCUACCUCCUGAAACUGUUAUCCCAACUUUCUUGUUUGCCAGUUUGAGCUAUGUGAUCAUCCUUUUUUGUAAUCUCAUUCUUAUACUGACUAUCAUUCUCAACAAAUGCCUGCACCAACCUAUGUACCUGUUCCUCAUUAACCUUCCUAUCAGCGACCUGAUGGGGUCUUCAGCGUUUUUCAUUCAAGCCAUGAGACAAAUCCUAAUGAAGAGUCAAACUAUUUCUUACCCCACUUGUGUCACCCAGGCCUUUUUCAUCCACAUUUACGCUGCUGGUACCAUGUUUAUGCUCACUGUCAUGGCUUAUGACAGAUACAUCGCAAUCUGCUGGCCACUUAGGUACAAUGUUGUGAUGACCAAUGCUCAUAUUAUGAAAGUGAUUACGCUUACUUGGUUAGGGUGCCUUGUUUUAAUAGGUGUCCUUUUUGGGUUGCUUUUACGCUUGCCCCGAUGCCGCUCUGAAUUGACCCAACCCUACUGUGACAACCCUUCUUUGCUGAUGUUGGUUUGUGAAAAUACAUCUAUAAACAACAUCUAUGGACUCUUUAGUGUAGCAUUGACACAAGUGAUUGCCAAUGGGAUGAUGCUGUUCACAUAUUUAAGGAUUUUGAUUGCAUGCUUUCGAUCCAAACGUUCGGAUACGAAGGCCAAAGCGCUCCAGACCUGUGCCACUCAUCUCUUGGUUUUUCUGCUACUUGAAUGUUUGGGGCUCUUCACCAUUAUUUCCUACCGACUUCGGGCCAUCCCGCUACACCUCCGGAGGUUCAUAGGGGUAUCCACUCUCAUUUUCCCCCCAACUCUUAACCCCAUUAUCUACGGACUAAAAACAAAAGAGAUCAGAGACAAAAUCAUACAGUUUUUCAAGAAUAUCUCCCUUCGCACAAAACUCAAUUGUAUUCACUUUUAA